AUGCCAAAGCAAUCUGAUUUAUGGCGUAUCUGCUGCCAAGAUUUUGGAAAACUUCUUGAUGAACAAAUUAAUUGUGACGUCUUUAUUAAAGUUGGAAGACAGGCAGAAAUAUUCAAAGCGCAUUCUCUUAUUCUCACGGCCCGGUCAUCGUAUUUCACCGGUGCUUUCUCACAAAACUGGGUAAAGAAAGAUGAGGGAAUUUAUCAUUUGUCAAUGCCAAAUAUUGCUCCACGAAUAUUCGAGAUUAUAUUAAGGUACAUUUAUACUGGAUAUGCGCCAACAGCACAAACUAUCAUGAAUCCAGGUGAUAUGUUUGCCGUUUUAAAAGCGGCCGAUGAACUUUUGAUGCAAGAUUUGAUAGAUUUUGUUGGUGACGAAAUCGAAGACGAUUGGAUAAAGGAGAAUGUUGAUGUUGCAAUUCAAAGCAUUAUGCAGUAUCCAUUGUGGAAGUCUUUGCGUGCACGAUGUUUUCGGGUAUUUUGUAUCGAUACCGGUGAUUUCCUUCGAUCGAAUUCGCUACCUCUUGUCGAUGAAAGCUUUUUGAAAAGACUCCUUAAAUUGGAGACACUCUCCGUUACAGAAAUAGAAAUCUGGGAUGGAUUGGUUCGGUGGGCUCGUGGUCAACUGGAAGAUCUACCAAACAGUACUAAAAAAUGGUCAAAAAAUCAGAUGAGUGACUUUGCAGAUAUAAUCGAAAAUUUUCUUCCACUAAUAAGAUUCCACGAGAUUUCGCGACAAGACAUCAACGACAAAGUCCUACCGUAUAAGGAUAGCCUUUCCUAUAAAGUACGUAAUAAAAUUAUUGAUUUAACAUAUUGUUCACCGAAUACCCUGUUCGCAACACCUCGAUUUAUGGAUAGUUCAGCGAUCUUAUCGUCCGAGGAAAUUGCACAGAUCUUAAGUUGGAUUGAUGAUGGAGAACUUGGAUCAGUUCAAGUUUAUGAAUUGAAUGAGAUCCCGUACUAUGUGAGAUUAUUGAUAAGAGGAACACGGGAUGGAUUCGAAAGCAAGACAUUCACGAAAAAAUGCUUGAACAAAAAAAACUGCAUUCUUGUGAUGCGAGUAAGCGAAACAGAUGAAAUUAUUGGCGGAUACGCUCCCAGUGGAUUUGCACGUAAUAGCACGAAAGAUUUCCCACAUUCCUUUUUGUUCUCGUUCGGCGACGAUGGCGAAGAGAAACCUAAACGAGGGCUCCCUUAUGUUCCUGAUAACGAAGAGCAAUUUGUUGAUGAUGAUGAAGUAAAUUAUGCUCUUGCAUUCGAUACUAAGUUCAGCAAUGAUGGGCCAAGAUUCGGAAAUGGUGAUUUGUGGAUGAGAGGAAAUUUCGAUGAGGAUAGGAGCUGUAUAUGCCAACCGAACGAUUAUCGACCAAUUACAAGAACCACACAUUUCUCUGUGGACGAGUAUGAAAUAUUCCAGCUAUUACCGUUUGAUCGAUACUAUUGUGUAUAA